GAGAAUGUAGAGAAUAUUUACAGCGAAGCUGGGAGUACAGUACUCAUAAAUGUUUGCAAUCAAAGCUUCAAUAUGGAAAAUGACUUAAGGUGGUUAAAAGGGAGGUUACAAAUAGUUGCACGAUACCGAAAUGGUUCUAAAGUGUAUGGAAAAUUUAUGCAUAGAGUUGAAGUUUUUUCAAAUGGCACACUGAAAUUUAACAUCAUAACAAAAGACGAUGAAGGAGAUUACAAAUUUGAAGUACAUAAUAAGGAAGGAAAACUUCAAUGCAGUCAAGAUUUUAAAUUGCAUUUACUCGAGAAACUAUCAACACCGGUAUUGAAUAUUACUUGUAUCUCUGAGCGAGAUGUGUUCAUGUCAUGUGAGGUUCGUGGAGGGAUUCCAUUUAACUUCUAUUUGAAUGACCAAAAACUUACUGAAGACAAUGCUGUGUUUUCAUCUGAUGGAAAGAAGGCUACACUGAAGAAUUCUACCUCUUUAUUUGGCAAUAAAACAUUCUUCUGUAAAGUUGAAAACCCAAUUAGUAAAAUCCAGACUGCUCCAAGAGAACUUACCUGUACAGGUUCAGAAGAAGGUCAUCAUUAUGUGCAGGUUAUUAUUGUUCUGAUGGUGGUGCUUUUUCUGAUUAUUCUUGUGGGCGUGGCAUAUUUCUUUCUCCAGAGAUAUCUUUAACAACAUCUGCAAGACAAUGGAAGCUGGGAAUCAGUGAAGAAGUAAGCAUUAAAAUGCAAUGUGAGCGGUGCAACAAAGUGAACUCAGGAAAAAAAAAAUGAUUAAGCAACCGGCCUGCAGGAUAUUCAAGUAUUUGACUGUGGCCUUGCAGAGUUAAAUACAACUUAUUAUCCAUAAAUUUUUCUUCACAGUUGAACAGAACCAUAUGCUACAUCAAUUUGAGUCAUUGAACCUUUGUCUGUUUUGCAAAUUAGUUUUAUCAUUUUUUAAAAAAAACUCCUGUUUCCAGAGAUGUUCCACUCAAAGAUUUGAGAAACAAAUGAAAAUCUCUGCAUUCAGCAUUAAAUUAUUGUUGCAAAUUUUGCUUUGUGAAUGCCUAGCCACUGAACAUUUUCUCUGAGGACAUGACUCUCCUAAAUGUGACUGUGUCUCCUAAAUGUAGCCUGAUUUCCUUUUGUGCUCAUUUGUGUGCAUAUUUAACUCACUUUGAUUGCUUUUCUUUCCCACUUCUCUUGGUCACUUUUCUCUUGUUUCUUCCAUUUCUGAGAAGUAGUCAUGUUUUUUCUUACCUCUCCCCUCUUGGGUACUCUGCUGUUCUAUUCCUACUUUAACCCGUUGCUGCUUCCCUGUCUCUCCUGUUGUCAUUCCAGGCUUGGAUUUUGUUUGGAUAAAUCUAAGGCUACCCUUUGUGCAUCUCUUAGCAUUCUCAGAAGUGUGGUACUUAUCAUUGCACCCUUUUAAGUAGCAAUCCCAAAUUCUCCUCCCUACCCAAUUAGCUAACAUCAAUGUUUACACUUACCCAAACCACUCAUAAUCGCUUUUGAGUCUGUCAACAGAAGAACACUUAAUGUGCUUCUCUGCAUUUCUGUUUUGAAUAUGUAUUCAUUCAAACAAGGAUAAACCAUCCACAAAGA